CACUGAACACACCCCACGAAUAAAAAUUUCCCGCUUUUUAAAACAACAUGGAAAAGUGAACAGGACGAUCAGCAAAGAUUUUGUACACUUCAUUUUUUGUGUUAAUGCAACGAUUUAAAGAAAAUAAUACAUUUAAACUACAUAUUAAUAUCCAAUUAGGCAACAAAUUUGGAGGAACACUCAAAUGCAAGCAGAUAAAGGCUUAAAUCGGCGCAUUAUGUUGUGCCCAAAGUGCUGAUCGCGAGCAGCUGGCAAAGCACAACAGAUUUUAAUAUAAAAAAAUACGAGAUAGUGUACACAAAUAAAACUAUUCGCAAUGUUUAUACAAGACCUUAGGCAAGAAUUCUACAAUCGACUAGUGGGCAAGCGCCUUCUUAUAAUUGUAAACUAUGAUAUAGAUGCGAUAUGCGCUAGCAAGAUUCUGCAGUCCCUCUUCAAGUAUGACCACAUGCUGUAUUCGGUAGUGCCCAUAAUGGGCUUGGCUGGCCUGCAACGCGCCUACAAUGAACACCAGGGCGAUGUAAAAUUUGUAUUGCUUGUUAAUUGUGGCGGUUGCGUGGACAUCGUCGAAUUGCUUCAACCCGAAGAGGAUGUAACGUUUUUCAUUUGUGAUGCGCACCGUCCUUUAGAUGUGUGUAAUAUUUACAGUGAUCGACAGGUAUGCAUCUUGGGCGAUCCCGCUUUGGAAGAGAAUAUACCUGCAUUCGAGUCUAUUUUUUGUGAGUCUGAUGAUGACUCGGACAGUGAGCCAGAAGACGAUGGUGAUGGCAACGAUAGCGGCGCUGGCGGUUCCGAUGAUGAAGAUAGCGAGAAAGUUGACAAGCCACCUGCGCAGAAACUGACACGCCUUGAGCGCCAUGAGCAGCGUGUUAUGAAGCAACGGCAACGCCGCACAUGGGAGAAUGAACGCGAUCGCAUCAUGUUCGAAUACACGCAAUACAGUUACUAUGGCCGUUCCACAGCGGUAACCAUAUUCGAAUUGGCAUGGAAGUUGUCUAAGGAUAAUAUGGAUUUGUUGUGGUGGUCCAUUGUGGGCCUUACCGAGCAACUAAUUUUAGGCAAAAUCGAGAGUAGCACUUAUACGCUCGAAAUUGAAAAUGUGCAGUCGCAUGUGUCGCGUUUGACUAACAAAACCAAUGAUCAAAGCAAUAUGAGCGCGGCCAAGAUCAAUUUUGAAAAUGAUCUGCAUUUGGUGUUAUAUCGCCACUGGAGCGUGGUGGAGUCGAUGCGCUACUCGAUGUAUUGCGCAUGCAAGUUGAGAUUAUGGACAUUGCGUGGUGAGAAGCGUUUACAUGAGUUGCUUGUUGAAAUGGGACUGCCGCUGGUACAAGCGAGGCAGGUGUUCGGCUCAAUGGACUUGGGGCUGAGGCAAGAGUUCUACAAAAUGUUGGAGAAGCUGGCCGAAAAGUAUGGCAUUCCGGACAUAGUGUAUGGCUCUUUUACAUUGAAUUAUGGCUAUCGUAAUCGGUAUGCAGCUGCAGAUUAUGUCUACGGCAUGCUAGCGAUCUUAGAAUCAGUGAAAAAGGAUAAAACGCCAGAGGAUUGCUUCUUAGAAGCCUUAGAUAGCUUAUCACGUAGUCAUCGUGACAUUAUGCUGGAAGGCAUUGAGAAUGCCAAGCUAUUACUUUCGUCCAUUUUUAAACAAGUACAAAGCAGCUUGGAGGCACAUCAGGUGCUUUCAACAGGCACAUUCUUCUAUUACAUUUUAAAUGAAGAAAAUAUAUACUUCUCCUAUCCGUAUGGUUUAAUUUUGCUGGCAAAGUUUAUCUUGAAUGGUCACGUGGCAAUGUCACGCAGUCGACAGGCACCGGAGCUACCGCUCAUCGCUAGUUGUCCGGUGGAUGUGGAGCGCGGACUGUGUUUGUUGGUCGGUAUACCGCCAGUACGUGAAGACUCGCCCAAAAAUUUUUUCGGCAAGGCGUUCGAGCAGGCAGCUAGUAAAUGUAAUGCAGUGAUUUUGCAAGAUUUUUUCGAAACAUCGCUGAUACAGAUAAGGCAAAAUGAUAUGGCUAAGUUUUUGGAUGCGCUCACUGUGCUCUUGGCUUAAUUAAAAAUCAUUUACAGGCCGACUUUGAACCGAAACUCCCCGGGAGUUUUACUCUCUUUUCCCUUUCCUCCUUUCAUGAAUAAAAAUUCCCAGAGGAUUUUUUAUAUUAAAGUCACGGAAACAAAUUCCCAGAGAACAAACUCCCCGGGAGUAUGAAUAAUUGGCCUGUUAGUAUUAGUUAUAGGGAAUUACGUAAAUUUGAAGCUAUAUAUAUAUAGAUGUUUUAAUUUUAAGAUAUGUAAGCAUUAUUUAACCGUUAUGACUUGAUAAGAUUGUUAAUUUUAGAUAUAUAUAUAUUUGGUAAUAUUUGUCAGCACCAGGCGCAACAUUGACUUUGUAAUUAAAUAAUGAGAAAUGAGAACGACGAAAAUGAACACAGAUGAAACCAAAAUAUUAACAUAUGUUAGCAAACGGUCUUUAAAAUUUCCAUAAUAUAAUAACGCAAACAAGCCCAUUAAUGUAGCUAACUGAUAUGAUAUUAAAAGGACUAAUUUCCAGUACAGACAAACACAAAGCUUUUUAUUACCUCCCUUU